ACAAAAAUGGAGACACUGGACGGUGGGGUAGAAACUGAGAAACUUGACGGUGAGACGAAAAUUGAGACACUUGACGGUGGGGUAGAAACUGAGAAACGUGAUGGUGAGACGAAAAUUGAGACACUUGACAGUGGGGUGGAAACUGAGAAACUUGACGGUGAGACAAAAAUUGAGACACUUGACGGUGGGGUGAAAACUGAGAAACUUGACGGUGAAACGAAAAUUGAGACACUUGACGGUGGGGUGGAAACUGAGAAACUUGACGGUGAGACAAAAAUUGAGACACUUGACGGUGGGGUGGAAACUGAGAAACUUGACGAUAAAAUGGAAACUGACAAACCUGACGACAAAAUGGAAAUUGACAUCCCUGACGAUAAAAUGGAAACUGAUAAAAAUGACAGUGAGGUGAAAGUUGACAAUAGUGAUCCAGCGAAUAAUGAAAAA